CCCCCCCCCCCAAUCCCUCUCGUUUCUAGUUUCUUAUUAUCUGGAUUGCUUCCCUUCCUUCCGGUCCUUUAUUUUCCCCUCUCAGGCCCCUCCGAGAGAUGGGCUUUUCCUGAUAAGGGCAGUGCGCUGACCAUUCAGCUUUUCCCUCGUUCCCCGGUCUUCCCCCGGAAUCCUCUCUCCCUCUCAGUCAAUUCCCACCUCAGCCCUGACGGUCAUUGUUCCAUAUUCGCCCCUUCUAGAACGAUGAACAUCGAUGAAGAUCACCAGCUGGAUCUGUGAAUAAUACAAUUAGACUCGCGCGUGCGAUGGACGCUAAAAAUUCCCACCACUAUCAGCCAACGGCGCGCUCUCUGGCCACCGACCAUGAGCAUGUCUUGCCGGUGCUGACCAAACCAGCUGCUUGGCCUGCUCCCACCACUACUACCGUCCAUCCGGUUACUAUUAAUAAUACUACAUAUCAUCCCCAUCGUCCUUACAAUUAUCCGAUUUCGACCUCCAGUCAAUCCUUUGCGUACGGGCCUGUCCCGCCGCCGCCGCCCCCAUCGAUACCGCCCCCCGUCCAUACCAACGCGCAACCCUUGGCCACCGAGACUACCCGGCAGGAUGUAAACAGGAAUGGUGUCACAAAACCCCGCAAACCGCGGAAGACCAACAAUGCAUCUGCGGGGAAGUCCACCCUGUUUUGGGUCCAUACCGAUCCGCAGUCCGUGUCCGAAGGUACAAGGGAGGAGACUCUGAAGCGCAUCCGUUCUCAUGUCAUGUCCGAGCAUAACCGCAAGAAGAGGCUAGAGAAUACCAAGCGCUACAAAAGCAAAACCUGGAAGCACCUUGCUUUUCAGCCGGUGGAAACAACGGCCUCCAGUUCGUCCACGACAGAUGCAGCUUCUUCGGCCGCUUCCGCUGGAUCAAUUCAAAAGCCAAGCGUCACCGAAUCAUCCUCCUUCGGCACGCGGAUUGUCUCUGAUUCCUCUUCCUCUUCCGCUUCCUCCUCGCCCGAACAGCAACAGAAAGAAGCGCCGCAGCGUGCGCUGGUGGUCAAGGAUGAGAUCAAUUAUCCGGCUGUCUCGGGGACUGUGGACGACUACAGCGUUGAAGCAUCAGCGAAUAAUGCGCUCGCGCCUGUGCAGUCUGCAGCACCAUGGAAUUAUUUGGGAGGGGCCGUUGAUCCGUUCAUUUCAACGCAUACGGUGAUGUCAGAUCGGAUGUGUCGACAUCUUCAGCAUUUCUUUGACCUGACGCAGCAGGCGUAUCCGUUGCAGCGCCGAUACGGGCCGAAGUUGCGGGAUCAUUGGACGGCCUUGGUUCAACAGGACCCGGUAUCAUUGCACGCUUGUAUAUGCGUUGCAGCGUCGAAUGCCGCCUUGGCAGCCGGCGAGCUUCCACUAACGGACCCCAACAAGCGGCGUUCGAGUGUGCUACUCCUGGACACGUUCCACCACCGCGGUGAAACAAUCAAACUGGUCAAUGAGGGUUUGUCGGAUCCGAUCAAGGCUUCCAGUGACCAGCUGAUUGCCGCUGUGUCUAUUCUCUUGACCAUUGAGAUUGCGUCCGGAAACGCCGACUAUCUCAAGAUCCAUCUGGCCGGCCUGCGCCAGAUGGUCGGCAUGAGAAAGACAUUCGCCGAUGUACCACCCGACGUUCGAUUCCAAAUUUCAUGGACUGACAUCCGUGUGGCGUGCAUGGCCGGCACCAAGCCCAUCUUCCCAUUCAUUCGCUACACCCGUCCGCAAUUCACGCUUAUCCCACCUAAUGAAGACCUUACACUUUUAGCUUCCCGUUUGAUACAACUAAUAGAGAUACCCGGCAUCUUUGGGGAUGCCAUGUCCAAGACGAUAUAUGACCUGGCUGAACUCACCUGGUACAGCGAAUGGAUCAAGAGCACUACACAAUAUCAAGAAUUUGACGACGACACGGAGGAUUACUUCAACACGGAGGUCCUCUACGUCGAAUACACUCUCCACGACGACCGGUACACGGCGACAGGCGAAAGCAAGGUCGAAGCCACCAUCGAAGGCUGCGUCCGGCUGGCAUGCCUGGUGUUCCACAACACCGUCAUCUGGGGCUUCUACCCUCAAAUCGCGCCGGUGUUUCCCCGACCCGUUACGGCGCUUCGCUUGGCGCUGGAGAACACCAUGGGUGCCGGAUACUUCCAGCUGUGCCAGGACGUGCUGAUCUGGAUUCUGGUCAUCGGGGCGUGCAGUUCGCCGCAGCUCCCGGAGCAUACAUUCUUCGUGAACGAGCUCGUCUCGGUACUCCGAGAAGACGGGAGCAUCCACUCCUGGCAGGGACUUCGGGCCCUGCUGAUGGGCUUUUUCUACGUGGACCGGAAGUACCUGACCGCGUUGCAAGACUUAUGGAAUGAGGUCGAGCCUCGGUUGCGAGCACCACAGGAAUGUAUAUAGACCCGAUAUAACUCAUAUAUAGGACUCGCAUGUUACAUGUGGCAUGUAUGAUAUAUUAAUGAGACACGGUAUAUGACGA